UAUGGAAUAGUCCUUGAUGCUGGAUCGUCUCGGACUACAGUCUACGUCUAUGAAUGGCCAGCAGAAAAAGAAAAUGACACGGGAGUAGUAAGCCAAACUUUCAAGUGCAUUGUGAAAGGGCCUGGUAUAUCCAGCUACGAGAGUAACCCUGAAGCUCUUGCUAGACCCUUGGAUAACUGUCUGAAUAAAGUCAAGGAGAGAAUACCAGUUCAUCUGCAUAAAAAUACUUCUGUUUAUAUAGGGGCUACAGCUGGCAUGAGACUACUGAGGUUGCAAAAUGAAACGGCAGCCAAUGAAGUCCUUGCAAGCAUUCAAAACUACUUCAGAGCACAACCUUUUGAAUUUAGGGGUGCGCAAAUCAUAACUGGGCCAGAGGAAGGGGUGUAUGGAUGGAUAACAGCCAACUAUUUAAUGGGCAAUUUCUUAGAGAGAAACCUUUGGAGGACAUGGGUCCAUCCUUACGGAAAAGAGACUGUGGGUGCACUGGAUCUCGGAGGAGCUUCCACUCAAAUUUCGUUCAUCCCAGAGGACUCUCAGGAGAAUUUCAAUAGCAUCUUGCCAGUGAAGUUGUAUGGUUACAACUACAAUGUCUACACUCACAGCUUCCAGUGCUAUGGGAGAGAUGAAGCUGAGAAAAGGCUUUUAGCGUUGCUGCUCCAGAAAUCAAACACCAGUUCCAAUGUGGAUAAUCCAUGUUACCCUCAGAAUUAUAAUACUGCAUUACCAAUUAAGUACUUUUCUGGCAGCCUUUGUACACAGUCUCUGAGACCAGCAAAUUACUACCCAAACCAGCUUGUGAACUUCCAUGGAACAGGAGACCCAGGUCUGUGCCAGGAGAUGGUUUCCUUAUUGUUUAACUUCACUGCUUGCAGAGACAAAGAAGAGUGUCCAUUUAAUGGAAUCCGUCAGCCAAAAGUCAAAGGGAAUUUUGUGGCUUUCUCGGGAUUCUACUAUACAAUUAAUGCUCUGAAUUUAUCUGGGCAUUUCUCCCUAGCUGACUUCAAUUCAAGUAUGUGGUUGUUCUGUUCACAGAGCUGGGCACAGCUCCGGUUUAUGCUGCCUAAAUUUGAAGAAAUAUAUGCUAGAUCCUACUGUUUUUCAGCUAAUUUCAUCUAUUACUUGCUGGUACAUGGUUACAACUUUGAUGCAGAAACUUGGCCACAGAUACAUUUUCAAAAGGAGGUUGGUAACAGCAGUAUAGCAUGGUCACUCGGUUACAUGUUAAGCCUCACGAACAUGAUUCCAGCAGAAAGCAAGCUGAUCCAAUUACCUCUGAAACCUUCUUUGUUUGCUGGGCUCCUCAUCUUCCUCACAGCUACGGCAUUGUUGUGUCUCCUCUUCCUUGUUUACUUGUGUAUUGUAUCAGGUAAUCAGAAGAACAUCAGUCGUGUUGAACAUGUAUUUAUUCCAGAAUGA